GGAUUAUGAAUCUGGCAUGCGAAGAAGCUGAGAACCCUAGACCUAAUAUGGAAGAGACGAAGAGACAAAUUAUUGAUCUGGGAAAUGGAAGCGAAGUUGUGUAUAUCCCGCGCUUUCUGUCGUCUGAUGAGUCGUGGAAUUUUUUCAAUUACCUCAAUAAGGAGAUCCCAUGGACAAGGCCUACCAUUCGCGUCUUCGGCCGCUCAUGUCUCCAGCCUAGGGACACAUGUUAUGUUGCAAGUCCUGGAUUGCCGGAACUGACUUACAGUGGGUAUAAGCCUCAUGCUUACUCCUGGGAUGAUUUUCCACUUCUUCAGGAUAUUUUGGAAGCAGUCAACAAGGCUUUUCCUGAUUGUAGUUAUAAUAGCCUACUGUUAAAUAGAUAUAAAGGUGGAGAAGACUAUGUUGGCUGGCAUGCAGAUGAUGAGAAACUUUAUGGUCCAACUCCAGAAAUAGCAUCUGUUUCCUUUGGAUGUGAUCGUGAUUUCUUAUUAAAGAAGAAACCUAGCAAAGCACCAAAAGAUAAGAGAGUUGAAGAUGCGCCUCCUACAAAGCGGUUGAAGAAAAAUGAUCAGUCAAACCAACAAUCGUUCAUGUUAAAGCAUGGUUCGCUGUUGCUGAUGAGAGGCUAUACCCAACGGGACUGGCUCCAUUCAGUGCCUAAACGUGUAAAAGCUGGAACAACCCGUAUUAAUCUCACUUUCAGACGCGUAGUCAGAUGAAACAUUAUUAGAACGAUUAAAAAACUGAUAAUACAAAUCAUCUUAAGAAAUACAGGCUGCUUAGUUUUGUUGAUUACA